CUUUGAUCAAAUAAUUUUUUUGACAAUGUCAAUUUUGGUUUAAUCUAUCAAAAAAAAUUUAACUCUCAUGAAGCCUCGUUUCAAAAGAGCCUCAAAAAACCUAACCCAUAAAAUCUACAUUUAUAUCUCCUUUUAUAAUGGGUUUUCCCAAUGAGAUUAAUUUAAAUCCGUUAAUGGGUGUGACAAAUGGAAAUUGUACAAAUCAAAGCCCAUGGUUUUUAGCGCAAAUCGUUACGGUUGAAUUUUUGGUUCUAUAUGGAAACUUAAUUCUAACAAAAAUUUUUCCAUUAAUAAAAUGGAUGGUGGUUUUAUUGAUUGUGACAAAAGUCUCCUCGAAAUUAACGAUGGGCGUGUGUAAAAGCAAUGUUUGUCUUAUUGGAAAAACCGUGAUUGUUGUUGGUGGAAAUUCGGGUUUAGGAUUUCAAACCGCUUUAACAAUAGCCGGAAGAGGAGCUAAAGUUAUCAUAGCGGAUCGAGUUGACUCUAUCGAAACAAGAAAAAGAAUUAUUCACGAAACGAAUAACACAAAUAUUUUCUAUCGACAUUUAGAUUUGGCUUCUUUACAAUCCAUAAGAGAUUUUGCUUCGAUCAUAAACGAAGAAGAAGAACGAUUAGACAUUUUGAUUCAUAACGCUGGUGCUGGGGGUGUAAACGAGAGAUACACCAAAGAUGGUUUAUUAUUACAAUUUCAAAUCAAUCAUUUCGGCCCGUUUUUAUUAACACAUCUAUUAACGAAAUUAUUAAAAAAAUCAGCUCCAAGUAGAAUUAUAUUUUUAAGCUCGGUAACAGCUUUCUUCGAAGAUUUAACCUUAGAAUCGCUUAAUAAAAGCUCAAAAACGAACGGAAUUUUUAAUCGUUUUUACACAUACGGAAACACAAAACUUUUAUCAUUAAUCGCAUCAAACUGUUUCGCCGAACGAUUAAAAGGAACCGGAGUUACAUGUAACGCGGUUCAUCCUGGUUUGGUAUCGAACAUGCUUUAUCGCACCAUAUUGGGCCCGAAAGCUAAUAAAGUGCUCCUUUAUUUUAUGUAUUUCAUUUUGAAAAUAUGCGGUAAAAAUAUGUACGAAGGUGCGCAAACACAAAUUCAUUGUGCUUUAUCGAAGGAAUUGGAGGGGGUUUCUGGAAGAUUUUUGGUUGAUUGCAAAUUAUUUAUACAACCGAAAAAAGCUCGAAAUUCUAGGUUUUGUGAUGAAAUUUGGAGAAGUAGCGAGGCUUUGGUUAAACUUAGGGAUGUCGAACGUAUAUGAGAGUAACAAUUUUAAGUGUUAAAUUUGAAAAUAUAAAUUUUUAAUGUAAU